AUGGUAGUUGCUUUGACUAUCUGUUUUUCAGAACUAACUACCCCGCAAGAAGAAAUUUACAUUGAAGAAGGAAAAACAUUGGAUAUAAAUUGUACAGCUUCAGAAGAUAUUGAUUUUUUCUAUCCAAAAACGAUCAACGAUCAAAUUGUUACAUCACCAGUGGAAUUUAUAGUAGAAACUGCGUUAAACUCAUCAAAAUUUAUAUUGAAAAAACCGAAUACUGUUUUUGGCGACACUGGAUGGUAUGGAUGGAUUGAGGCAAGCAAAAAUCAACGAAAGCUAAAUUUACGAAACAUUUUGGUAACACCCUACUCUUACAAUGAAAUUGACAUACACUGGGUUUACGUUUACGUAAAAUCUGAAAAAAAAUCACUCACUUCUACUUCUCAAAUGUAUCACCUCAAAAGUCCAGUUGGAAGCGAUGUAAAUUUUCCGUGCUACCCAACCUCUCCAAAUUACACCGUAACUCUCUCUUAUGUAGAAAGAAAAUCUAGACGCACAGUAUUUAUGCCUUUAAGUGAAAAAUUAUCCUAUCAUCCAAAAAAAGGAUUUACAUUGCACAAUGUCAACAUUAAUGACGAAAGAAAAUAUCUAUGCGACGUUCCUCCACCACAUAAGACAAACUAUGUUUUGAUAAACUUGAGGGUUAAAGGCAAUACUCUAGAAAAUUCGUUAGAAAUUUCUUCCCGACCUCUGCAACAAAUCACUGUUGCUGAGGACUUUUCAAUGAAUUGUACUAUUAGCACGGAAAAAUCUUACUCAUAUGAUACAUUUCGCUGGAUAACGCCACUACAGAAAAAUUACAUCAGAAAAUUUAUUUCUUAUUUUGAUGGAAAUUUAAACGUCCAUGUAAGUCAACUGUCAAUAAAAAAUGUAACAAUCGACAAUUUUGGUGAAUAUAAAUGUGAGUUUUACGGAUUUGACACUAUAAAAAAUGCAAAGGCUGACCUUCAAGUCCACACUGAAAGCCGCCUAGAAAUGUCAAUGGAAAGCUCGGUUAAUGAAUAUAAGAAAGAAGUUGGCCAAUGUAUCAAGUGGACAUUAAAUAUUACGGCAUAUCCUUUGCCAAAAUUUAAAUGGCUUGAUCCCAAGAGUAAAGAAAUAAACAAUGAUUGGACUUUUCAUAACUAUAAAGUCAAUGACGAAAAUUUUUCCAUAAAUUUAGAUAAGCCUGACUUAACUCUUGAGGAUCGAGGAAAUUAUACACUAAUAGCUACUAAUUCGAAGGGAACUAAAACUCUAGAUUUUUUUGUCGACGUACUCAUGAAGCCUUUAAUAACAAAAAAAUUGGAUAGUAUCCAAGCGACGUAUUUUUCAUCAAACGAACUAUUAGAGUGUGAGUGUGAAGCUCAAGGAAAUCCGCUGCCAUUUAUAACAUGGGAAUAUACAAACAAUUUUAAAAAUUCAACUGAGAAUCUAGCAGCAAAUAAUUUUUUCAAUGUGAUUUACUCUCCAGAAAAUAUUUCGUAUUCUGUAUCAGGAGACAAACACUUUUCCAGAUUCGAACGUCAAAAAACGGUUUACAGUGAUAGUGGAUGGUAUGGUUGCGCUAUUGUCUCUGAAAAAUACAAAAAAAUUAAUCAGAAUCGGAUGUUAUUUACUCCCGACAUUUGUGGUGAACUAGACGUCCAAUGGAUUUACGUUUUUGUUAAAUCAACCGAGUAUUUGUUUCUUGACUUACCUAUUCAUCAGAAUUCUGCUGGAGAAUUCGUCUUAGAAUCAUCCGGUAGUGAUGUGACAGUGCCAUGUCGUCCUACUUCAUCAAAGUAUCAAGUGCAAUUGUAUGCUAUUGAAAAGGAAAAAACUAAAGAAAUUAAUAUUUCAGAUGAAACUGAAUCUUUAGCAUACGACGCGAAGAAAGGAUUUAUUUUUAAAAAUUUCACAGCCGACAGUGCUUCUUUUGGAUGUGCGAUCAUCAAAAAUGAAAAACAAGAGCAAAAUUUAACAAUUUUCAGAGUUACUUUAACAGGUGAGUCAAAAAAGGGCGACGUACCUACCAUCACAACUUUUUCAUUGACCCACAUGGAAAUUGGUAAAAAUUUCAGUAUGAACUGCACGAUUUCUCUUUAUGAAGAUAGAGAAUAUUUCGUUCAAUGGGUGACGCCUCAGCUAAACAAUAGAACUAAAGAAACAGAAUACCGGAUUACCGAAAACGAAAACUCGCUCUCUGCAAAUGGAAAAAGACUUCCGCAAAUUUUAAAUCUUGAGCUUAUAAUUGAGAAUGUAACUGCAGAAGACUUUGGUGAAUACGAGUGCUUUGUGUAUCAAUAUUCCAAAGUUGAAUCAGCUAGAAUAAAUUUAGUGCCCCAUCAACACAAACACCUAGACGUAUCAUUAAAAAGUUCAGAAAUUGAACACGUUAACGACUUCGGAAAUCACGCUAAGUUGAUUAUUAGUGUAGAUGCCUACCCUCUACCAGAAUUCAAUUGGUACAACCCAAAAGGACUUGAAAUUGACUAUCAACGGCGAUUUUUUGACUAUCAAAUCAACGGCGAAACCUUUUCCAUUGAAUUAUCAAGCCGCGAGCUUACUCACGAUGACACGGGAACUCACACACUGGUCGCUUAUAACUCAGAGUUCAAAAAAACGAUCAAUUUCAACGUAUCCAUUCUCGAACCACCUUCAAGUGUGGAAGAAGAGAAUUUGUAUAUGACCAAUGAAAAAGUUCGACUACAAUGUCAAGCUAAAGGGUAUCCAGUGCCGACAAUAGUGUGGCAGUAUGUCGAUGAGUUUGAUAAACUAAUCGGAACUUCUAUGACCUCGAACCUAUUUCAGAAUAUCUCUACAAUUGUUACUGAUGGAUUAGUUACAUCAAUCAUCAUCGUCAAAGUUAUAAAGGAAGGUUUUGUGUUAUGUGUUGCAAAUAAUACAAUGGGUGAAAAUGUUAUCAAGAAGCAGAGGAUAAAAUUCGCAGAACAACCUGCGAUUUCUAAUGAACUUUUUGAGCUUGAUAAAUCCGUGAAAUUCAAGGCUGAGUCUCAUCAUCAUGACUAUCAUUUCGGAAUUAUGAACCAAAAUAUUAACGCAACUGAAGGUGGUGCCAUUGAAAUGCAUUGCAGUGCAUCUAUUGAUAGUUUUCCAAAUAGAAUUGUUUGGUAUAACAACAGUAACUCUCUUGAAACGAAUGAGAGAGUUGCAAUAGAUGAAUCUAAAGCAGCUUCUUUAUACACAUCGAAAUUGUUUAUCACAAAUUUAAACAAAUGGGACGAGGGUAAUUAUUAUUGUAAAGGAACAACGAAAGAAGGUGAUGUUAUGAUGAACCAAUAUCAAUUAUUUUUUAAUGUUGCUGCAGUGUCUUCAACGUCGAUAAUAAUACAAAUAUCAAUAAUCUUAAUGCACUUCAUGUAUGUAUAUGCAUGA